UGACGUGAUCGCGCCUAACCCCUCGUGUUCCUGUUGUGGGACGGUGUUUAUCACGUGCACAGCCUCCUGUCAGUGACUCUGGUUGGCGGGAAGUGUGGAGUGAGCGGAGUGUACGGGAUGGGUGACGGGCUGCUCAGUCAGUGCCCGCUGCUUCUACCUCAGGAUCUGCGCGGGAGAGUGUACGAUGGCUUCAUCCAGGCGCAGGAAAAGGACUUUCGACUCAGGGUCAUUUUGCCAGCAGAUUUACAACUACAAAAUGCCAGGUUAGAGUGCAGCUGGCAGUUAAAGAAAGUGCUGCAGGGAUAUCUGCACAUUGUGAAGCAGAGGUUACAGCACAGUCCAAAUCUUAGUAGCUUCAUGAUGGAGCUAAAGACUAUAUUGGAUGCUGCUCUGAAGAACACAAAUUCAAUAGAAGCAUCACCUGCUCCACAGUAUUAUUCUUGCCUUGUAAAGGACAUAGAGAAUUUAGGCUGGGAUAAAUUAUUGUUUGUAGAUAAUGAAUUCAGUACAAUCAGACUGAAAAUAGAAGAUUCUUCAGGACGUGAACACGUAGUUGUUGUGAGGCUAGGUGCAAGGUACCCGUAUAAAGCUCCAGAUUGUUGUGUAGACUUGCCAGUUGCAUUUUCCAUCUCAUGGACACCACAGAGUAAUAUACAGGACAUAUACAAUCAAGUUUUGUCUGCCUUGGAGUCACUGAAAGGUUUUUGGGAUACGUUAGAUGAAAUUGACACUAAAACGUGGGUUCUGGAACCAGAAAAGCCAACACGUAGUGCGACCAUGAGACGAAUUGCAAUUGGCUAUUUUACUCUUGCAGGCAACAAUGUGUCUGUUACAAUUGACGUAGAUCCAAGACAUCCAACCAUGCUUCCCGAUUGUUAUUUCCUUGGAGCAGACCAUGUGGUGCAGCCCUUAAAAGACAAGCUGAAUAGCAAUGUACAUUUGUGGGAUCCUGAUGUUGGUUUGCUUCAGAACUUGAAAGACAUGUUAGAAACUGAUUUCCCUUCAAGAUCGGAUUUCAAGAAAUCUGAUUUUACCAUGGAUUGUGGAAUAUGCUAUGCGUAUAGGCUGGAAUCAUCUAUACCAGAUCAAGUUUGUGAUGAUCCGCACUGUGCACAGCCGUAUCACCAAGCCUGUUUAUAUGAGUGGCUGAAAGGUCUCCCUUCAAGUAGACAGAGCUUUAACAUCAUAUAUGGAGAAUGCCCUUACUGUACCAAGCCAAUCACCCUGAAGCUACAUAAUAAGCCAUUUUGAAGCUGUUAAAAUACAGAGGAUUCUGAGCCACGGAGGAAGAGUUAAUCACAGAACAUAUAUGAGACAAUAGAUCAUCAGUAAAAGUACUGGUAGCAUGAAACCGUAUUUAUAUAUAUUUUGGCGAUCCUGACUGUAAAGGUCUGGUUCAUUCAAAGACUCCUGUCUUCUCCUCAAGUCAUUGUUAGGAACUGUAUACCAUGGACUGUUAUCCAUUGCUGCUUUGUAGUCCUGAGUAGCAGAUACAGUCAGCGCUCUCUGAAAUUAAACAGAUACAGAAUCUGAGAUAUUUCUUAGAACAAAAUAUAAAGAGAUACCACAUAAAAUCAUAUCCUGGAUUGUUACACAGUAUAUUAUACAAAAAAAUGUAAAGGGGUUGUCCGAUCAUUAAUAUGUAUCUCCUAUCCACAGCAGGGGAAGAAGUCCAACUGCUAGGACCCCUGCAAUCUCAAGAACAAGGUCCAGUCUUCUGUUGGAAUGAAGCACAGCACUGCUCCAGUCAUUGUCUGCAGGAGCUGCCAUAUAUAGCUAAGCUGUAGUUGGCUGUUACUGGCAAUGUCCAUAGACACAGAAUGGAGCAGAAGUGCACAUGCAUGUCUUGAAUUCCAACAGCAAACUCUAGACUCCCUUUUUGAGAUCACAGGUAAUUUCUCACCCGCCGGACCCUAUCUGAUCUCACACUUUGGGAUUGUUCCACAGAUAAGACUUAUCCCCUAGAUAGGAAUGUAGUGACUGAUCUUGGGAGGAGGGAGUCUCUGCCCUAAACCCUGGAAGCUUCCAUAAACAAGGAAUAGAACAGCGGUGCACACCUGUGACUGCAGCCUAGUUCUGACAGGAGACACUGAUCACUGCUCUUGCUUCAUGGAACAACCACUUAAAGGGGUAUUCCAGGGAAAAAAAAACAUUUUUUUUUAUAUAUCAAAUGGCUCCAGAAAGUUAAACAAAUUUGUAAAUUACUUCUAUUAAAAAAUCUUAAUCCUUCCAAUAAUUAUCAGCUGCUGAAGUUGAGUUGUUCUUUUCUGUCUGGCCAUAGCUCUCUGCUUGUCUCGGGAACUGCACCGAGUAGAAUAGGUUUGCUAUGGGGAUUUGCUUCUACUUUGGACAGUUCCCGAGACACGUGUCAUCAGAAAAAACUUAGACAGAAAAGAACAACUCAACUUCAGCAGCUAAAAAGUACUGAAAGGAUUAAGAUUUUUUAAUAGAAGUAAUUUACAAAUCUGUUUAACUUUCUGGAGCCAGUUGUGUCCAAGUGUCUGUUGUUCUAUGUGUCCUUAUAGUACAACACUAUAAAGGACAUAUAGAAGUCUACAGAAGUACUGAGUCAGGCAUAAAAUGACUGUAACCAUACUUUUCUGUGUCUAUCUGGCGUCCCUAUUGUUGUCUAUGCACCGAAAAUAAAGAGGUUACUGCUUAAAAGAUC